UUUUUUUUCUUUUCUGCACGAGCGUGACGUAGAGGGUGUCAUUAAGUCCAUGUUUAUAUCGCAUACAUGGGAGGCCGCCCAAAGGGUGAAUUCUCUGCUUCAACCCUUCACAGUAGCAUUCUUCAAGAAGUUAGUGGCAGGGAUAUGGCCGAGUUGGAAAAGUUUCAGCGAUUAAAACUUCGGUUCACCUCCAAAAAAAUGGAAGGGAAAAUGCCAAAAAUCAUCCAAUUUCACCUGCAACAACUCAGUACUAAUCGGUCUGACAGCAGUUCCCCUGAAGUUCUUUCCCCAUUGGAUACGGAUGAUCAUGGGUCACAAGCUGCCUCCAUCGCAGCCGGUGCCAUUGUUGAAGGCGCGAACAUGCUGGGGCUUGGCUUAGGGGACGCUCGCGGAGGAGUUCCUGGAGCCCGCCGUGCUGUGUACAAGAUUUGUUGGAUCGAUGGAUGUUCCAACCCCGAUUCUUGCGAAUAUUUCACUGAUCCCCUCGCAAUCGGAUCAUUUCACGCCAUGAAACAUGGUAUACCGACAUCAACUGCUGCUGGUAACUACGGGCCUACAUAUGCAUCAGUUUCAAGUGUUGCUCCUUGGACUCUUUCUGUGGCUGCCAGUACCAUAGAUAGGAAAUUUGUGACUAAAGUAAAGUUGGGUAAUGGAGAGAUUUAUAAGGCAGGAGAUGCAGGUUUGAAAGGGGUUGAUGCUAGGAAUUGUUACCCCGACAACUUGGACAAGAAGAAGGUAAAGGGGAAAAUUAUUUUGUGUAAAGACAUGAAUGCUGGGAUAGGGCUAGUAGAAGCUGAAGCGGCUGGUAUGGUAAUGCAAAAUGGAAGUUUUGAUGAUGUAGCCUACGAUUACUUCUUGCCAGCUUCCUAUUUGAGCAACGGAAGUGCACUUUUCAACUACUUGAAAGGGACGAAGAAACCAACAGCAAAGUUAUUCAAGAGUAAUGAAGAAAAGGAUAGAUUCAGCCCCUCUGUUGCUUCAUUUUCAUCAAGGGGACCAAAUCUUAUGACCCACGACAUUCUUAAGGUAACGAACGUAGGAUCAGCUGUGUCCACUUAUAAGGCACUGGUGAAUGCCCCAAAAGGGCUUACAAUCAAGGCUACACCCAGUACCCUUUCUUUCAUCUCUUGGCUUUGUGAUUUUCAUGCGGAAAUGAAAUCCUUUGUGGUGAAUGUUACUGUAAUAGUUGCGGCAACUACUCCUGUUAUCUCUAGUUCUUUGACUUGGGAUGAUGGGGUGCAUCGAGUCAGAAGCCCUGUUGUUGGAUAUCGUCUUCAGAAUUGAUUACCAACAUUAAUUUAAUGAAAUAAUUAAUAUGCUAGUGAACUCACCAAAUUUCUUUGUUUCCUUUGGUCAUAAGAAAUAAAUUUUUUUGCACGGUGUUACUUUUAUAUGGUAUAUUUGCAAUUAAUUUUUUUUUUUCUACUUUAUGCCAUGUAAUUCUAAUAAAGUUUUAGUAACCUU